AUAUCAACAAUGCCACCAAGCCUUUGUGUCGGAACCGCCAUCUUCCAGUAAUUCGCCAAAAUGACCAACACAAAGGGAAAGAGGAGGGGCACCCGCUACAUGUUCUCUAGGCCUUUUAGAAAACAUGGAGUUGUUCCUUUGGCCUCAUACAUGCGAAUCUACAAGAAAGGUGAUAUUGUAGUUAUCAAGGGAAUGGGCACUGUUCAAAAAGGAAUGCCCCACAAGUGUCCCCAUGGCAAAACCGGGAGAGUCUACAAUGUUACCCAGCAUGCUGUUGGCACUGUUGUAAACAAGGGCAAGAUUCUUGCCAAGAGAAUUAAUGUGCGUAUUGAGCAUAUUAAGCACCCUAAGAGCCGAGAUAGCUUCCUGAAACGGGUGAAGGAAAAUGAUCAGAAAAAGAAGGAAGCCAAAGAGAAAGGGACUUGGGUUGAGCUGAAGCGCCAGCCUGCUCCACACGUCAUGAGCACCAAUGGAAAGGAGCCUGAACUGUUGGAACCCAUUCCCUAUGAAGUCAUGACAUGAUAGGUGUAAAGAAA